UACAGGUAGAAAUGGGGGAACAACCAUUAGGGAUCAGGAGACUGAAACUGCUGUUAGCGUACUGGGUCAAUCUCCAAGGGCAUAGUGUUUCACAUCCUGCUAAAGCCAUCCUAGAGGACUGUUGGGAGCAUAAUGAGUCACAUUUUAUGAGUUUUGGGUGGAUAGGAAAUGUAAAGGCAGUACAAGCCGGUUUAGGUCAUAUUCUAUUCAGUCCGACAGUCCCAUACUCAUGUACUCCUCCCUGGUUGUUCAUAGAACCGACAAUACAUUUUGAAAUACAGCAACAAUUAAAGAAAAGGAAUAGGCAGGCCUCUGCGGGAGGGGUAGCCGAAGGCUAUUUGGAAAAACAUUUCUCAGACAAAACGCUGAUUUUUACUGAUGGGUCAAAAGACCCUGAUACUGGAAGAACAGGAGCUGCAGUUUUCAUUCCACAAUACAAGAUACACAUCAAGAAAAGAACCACAGACCAUCUAUCAGUAUUCACAGUUGAGCUUGCAGCUAUCAUUUUAGGGUUGGAAUGGAUAGAAGGAAAUAACCAUAAAAAUACACUAAUAGUAUCAGACAGUUGGGCAGCACUUACAAGCAUCAAAACCAUGAAGUCAUGUAGGCAAGAUCUCAUUUUCAAAAUACAUAAUCAACUGCACAGAAUGAAUAAGAGGGGAUUAGCUGUUUGCUUCAUCUGGGUUCCUGCCCAUGUAGGGAUAGAAGGGAAUGAGGGAGUGGAUAUUCUGGCCAAACAAUCACUCAGAUCACACACUGUAGAUAUGGACAUACCGUUAUGUAGGGAAGAAGGUAAAUCAAUAAUCAAGAAACAUGUGGGUAAAGUGUGGCAAGAAUAUUGGGACAUCCAAGACACGGGAAGACACCUUUACAACAUACAGAAACACGUUGGGAAGGAGGAGGGGCAGGAGCCGGAGGGAAGAAGCAGUGAUCACACGACUUAGGAUAGGGCACACAGGACUGAAUAGUUCACUACACAGGAUAGGAAAACACCCUGAUGGCAGAUGUGACCAAUGCGGGCAGGAUGAAAGUGUCCAGCAUGUGUUGUUAGAAUGUAGAGGGUAUGAGGAGGAAAGGAGGACGCUAACAGCAGCGGCAGAGGAAUCCAGGAUGAUAUUAAGUGUUGGGAACCUGCUAGGAGCAGAGGCAGAAGCUAUGCUCAAGCAUCUUAUGGCAUAUCUGAUAGACACAGGCCUAAUGGAGAGGAUUUAAGUUCCCUAUUUAGUUGUUUUGUUUCUUUAUUUCUUUAUUUUAUUUUUUAUUUUCUUUAUUUUUCUUAUUAUUUAUUUUGUUAAUUAUUAUUUGUAUUUAUUUUGAAUCCCAAUUUACAGUCCCACACUCCAGUCCAGUAGGUGGCGGUAAUGCACCUUUGUUGGUUUGCCAACCGCCAAUAAACUCCAUAGAAGAAGAAGAAGAUUCUUUGUGGGGACAUUGUUGAUUGUCAUGUCAUGUACGGACGUGGACACCGUCUUUGCUCCACACGCUGUCCCACUCAUCUCAUGAACUUCAC